GUCUACACUACGACACGCCCAUAUACGUCCAAAUAUGGAAAUAUGAGGUACAAAGAUUUGACAUUCUCUUGUAACCUUCCAGCUUUUUACCCCCCGGAUGACGUUGUUGACUGUCCGGGAAUAUUAGAAGUUGGUUUAUGCACGAUGUUGAUCAUGAACGUGUUAUCUCCGAGGAUUUUUCUGAAAUCUCAUCCUGCAUGUGCGCAAGUAGACAUGGGUGUACCAGAACUCUAGUCCCGUGUACAGCACCGUGUGUAUUUUGUACUCGGUCUAGCCGACUCCUACAAUAACGUUCACAUUCUCACUAGACGGAAAGAGACUGGCGAAAACUGGGAGCAGACGUCAUAUCACAAGGUUUCCUACCCAUCUUAUUACAUUGACGUGGGUGUAGCUAGUAGUCUGAGCGACUAACAAUUAAAAAGACAACAUGAGUACCAAGAGGAAAGCAGAAGGGCACUCUAGGACCAUGGGCAAACUACAAACCAUGAAGUCUGGAAGCUCCAGAACAGACUCAGAAAGAGACUCUGGCUUCUCAGAUGCCAGCAACAUAGAUUCUGAUGGCUUGUCUCGUUCCGCAUCCAAGAGAGGCGCUCAGCGCCCAGGGUCGGUGUCAGGGUCUCAGCCCCCACAGCUAGCUGUGGUCGGAGGGUCCUACUCCAACAUGUCCCCCAUGAUCAUAAUGAACAAUGUCCUCUUAAAACAGCCUGGGGACAUUCCUCCCUCUCAGAAACCAUGGGAGUUCAGCCCGGCUGUGGAGGUGGUCCAGCAGCCCCAGGUGGUCUUUGUCCAACCCGUGGUCUCCCAGUGCACCAACUCCAAGGAGGCCUCCACCAAACGCCGGCGCCCCAAGAAGUAUAUUCCCAUCCUCAGGUCCUACCCCAAGAUCGCCCCUCACCCUGGAGACACUUCCGGCUGCUCAGGGCGAGGAACCUCUUGCUCGUCUUCUUCGUCCUCAGGGUCGGAGAGAGGCAGUGGUUUGGCCUCCAGCCACCGGGAGCGCCAUCACAUCCACAGAGGCAAGCAGCAGAGGCACCAGUCUGGUAGUUCUGGUUCUUCUGGUUCCAGCACCCCUGGUCUCGCUCCUCACUCAAGCUCCCUGUCCCCCUCGCCCCAGCUCAGGCUCUCCCUCACCCCGUCGCUCUCCCUCACAGACUCCAGUGCUUGCAGCAGUCCUGCAAGACCCUCCCCAGCAGUCAGCAGGUCAGAGUUCACCCCUGCCCCUUCCCCCGCCUUGACCCUAACCCCAUCACAGUCCCUCACCUCUGAGCCCACUAAGAAACCCCAAGCCCUCCCACAACCCACCGCAACGGACGACGACAAGAGUCGUGAUGACGGUAACCGAGGUGGCGGUGGGGGCGGCGUUGGCGAUGACGUCAAGCGCAAACGCUUCUGCAACACAUACAACAUCCUGUCCAAGUCCGGCCUGCUGGACAUCACCCUGAGAACCAAGGACCUGCUCCGUCAGAACCGCCGGACCCAGGGGGAGCUGGACAGGCUCAAAGAGCAAACCAGCCUCUUCCUGCAGGCCUUGAAGACAGGAGACACCAGCGUCUGGAGCAAGCUGCAGGCCAGCCUCCAGGAAGAGAAGGAGAAAGGUGGUGGUUGGCAGAACAGCUUAACACCUGACGCAGAUUAGACCUGGGCUACGUAAACGUAGGGUUUGAUCCAUUUGGACUGGGGAAAGGCUGGGUCUGAUUGAGGCGGCUGAGCCUGCAGUAUGCCCACACUGAUCAUGCAGACAGAUACUCUGACCUAAAUACGGGUCUCCCUGCUAUGCUGCCUGGUGCAGUUACCCUAAACCAGGCCAAGCACACUUUCUGUAUACGUGUUGUAGCCUGCCUGCCUUACUCUGAACCAGGCCAGGGUGGAUGGGAGGCUUCUGCACACUAUUCAAUUGUUCUGUUCCCUAUAUAGUCCCCACUAUGAGAAUAUAGUACACCACUUUGACUUAUAUGAGGAUGUGGGUGGUCUAUGUUGAAUUUUUUUCUGUCACACCUAGAGUGACUUGCCCUUCUUUCCGUCAAUACCGUCUUCCUGGUUUUGACAAUCGGUUUUGAUGUUGUACUGUACCUCUGAGACACGCUCUGGGGGCUUUUUACUGGAAUAUGAACGUUUCCGCCAGCUGACAGUUUCAACUGUCACUGUGACAGCUUGUAACAUGGCAUGGGGUGGGGGUAGGGGGGCUUGCAUUAUAUGGUUAGUUAGAGUGCUAAGAGUUGGCAACUGAACACAACUAAAGUAAAACAGCUAAAAUAAGGAUCUUCAUUGAUAGUUUUUACAGUUGCCACAAUUGUAGUUCUAAGAAUGAAAAGCAACCAACACCAAAUACUUUUUUGCUCUUGUGACUUCUGAACAAGUAAACCGUUAUUGACAAUUAUUUAAAAAAACUAAGAAAAGAAUAUAUGAGAGUAAUGAAAGCUCCUGAAAUGAGAAUAGGCAGACAACUUUUUCUUGUGUAUUGUCAAUGCCUUAUCUAAAAGCUGAAGUUUAUUUAAACCCUAUUAUUGUAUUUGCACUAAAACAAUUAGAAAGUAGUUUGAAAGCCAUUUAUAUGGAGUAUACUUUUUCUUCAAGGCAGCUGGGACAAAUCAUUUGAGAACAUCGAACCUGAUAAUCUUUCAUUUGUUAAAAGGGAGUUUUUUUUCCUUGAUGGUUUGAAUAUUUGUCCUUUUACUUGAUAUGGAAUUUAACAGACAUAAAAAUGUUGUUAUAACUCUGAACUAAGAGCUUAUUACAGAUAUUUCUUUUCACAAAUGUCAUGCCUUGAAAUGGAAAAAGCAAAAAUUGUGGUGGGGAGUAGCUCUAAAGUAACACAGCUUAUCAUGAGGUUAAGGAUUUAACAUUUUUGUAUUAUCUGUGAUUUGUGUUUUUCUAAUAGAACAAAUAUCAUAUUGCAUUGUCCUAUGUUAGGGUAGUCUUGGCCCUAUUUAGACAAUUGAUUAUGUGGUGUUCAAAGGAUUUAAGUCACUUACACAUAUAUUAGGCCCUAGUGCCAGAUCUUGUCAUAUAGCCCUGCAAAGCAUCUGUGUGCCUCAAUUGUUUAAAACACAAAGUCCGUAAAUCAUGUUUGCUUUUAAGCCUGAAAUGCAAAGAACCGUAAGUAGUAUCUUCAGCGUAAGUAGUAAUAGGUCUCCGCAAUUUUGAAACAUGCGCUUCCUGAAUAUAUCAAUGAUAAAUUCAUCAUUGUAAAUUCCUGAUCUAAAAAAGGCUUUAUUUGCUUCUUACCAGAAUUGAAAGCGUUUUGUUUUUUUUAAAUGGUCAUUUUGCUUAUUUUAACAUUGUUGGUUACCUAUCUUGAAACUUGGCUCGAAUUGGGAGUCUUAUAUUUAUAUGUUGGCAGCUGCCUUUCUAUCCUUGCUAUGUUGCCUCCUCAUUGCAAAGAGAACUGAAAUGUGAUAUUUAUAUUUCUUAAAUGUUUCAGUUACACAGCAGUAGUAGCUUGUGAUUGAUAACAAAAUGUUCAAUAAUCCUAACAGACAAUGUUGAACCAAUGUCUUUGUAUUACCAUCCUUUUCUAAACUAUAAACUGUAGCAAAAUUAA